CUUGAACCUCACCCAAUCCCCUUAAAUCCCGAUCCUAUGAAAAUCAACCUUAAAAAAAGGAUCACCGUAUCCGUCUACGGAGUACUCCGUAGACCAAGAUCCAGGUUGCCCAGCUUCCUAACGGUGCCCUUUCUUUCUUUUUUUCUUUCUUUUCUUUUCUUUCCUUUCCACGGAUCCGAGAACGGCCGGCGGCAUGUACAUACAUACCUACCUAGCUUUGUCUCAAACGCCAACUCACAUACCAUGCCUAGUCUAGGUACAUACAGUACGUCGCCCGGGCACCGAGUCAUUCUACUACCUACCUACCUAAUCAGACCCCUUCCCAAUCUAAAGUCCCUCUUAGGCAGAUAGAGAGGCAGAUAUAGGCAGAAAGAACCAACUAUUAAAAAAAGUGAAAAAAAGAAGAAACCACUCAAAACGCACCAGGCACAUACUCAAACCAAGCCAUACCAAAUAACAUCACAUCACAUCCGACCAGUCAUUCUAGGAGUACCCCCAUAGAUACACAUACCAUACUAAGCCCUAGAUAAUAUGAUUCCUUCCUAACGGGGUAAACGGGGUAACAGUUGAGUACGUGACUGAUCCACUGAUCCCCGUAAGUCCCGUCAUAGGACACUAGGUAGAGGUAGUAGCAGUAACUCUGUAGGUCAGGUUGACUUAACUUCCUUCCCCUUACCCUUCGAGGAAUUUUCCAGACGGAAAUAGGGGCGCGAAAAAUGGGCAAGGGAAUAAAUACAGAGAUUGAAGAUCAGAUCGGAAACGGAAGGGAUUAGUCUAUGCUAUUUGUUGCGCGUAUUAUUGAACUAAGACGGGCGUUUUGGAAUGCAUAAAUAAG